CGGUCAAUAAACCAUCGAGAAGGUAGUCAUGGUGUCCCUGGUAUAUUUGUAAAAUAUGAUUUAAAUCCAAUAAAAAUAGAAGUUCGUGAAGAACGCCAACCGUUCUGGCAGUUUCUAGUGAGAAUGUGUGGUAUUGUUGGUGGAGUGUUCGCUGUUUCAGGAAUGCUCCAUGAUUUUUGUGGAUGUGUGAUAGAUAUUAUAUGCUGUAGAUAU